AUGGACUUCAUAGCGGUUUACAACCCCGCUGUGUAUGCGAAAGAGGCAGAUUCGGAAGCGUGGCGACAGCUAUUACUGUACCAUUCGUUUAAAGAGGACGCAGAGGAACCAACGCCGCAGAAUGAAAAGCUGUCGCUCAUUGGCAUGAUACAGGGUAUAUGGCAGUUUGCGCACAACUUCAGCGAGCCGGAAACGCGGGGUAGCGUGCGAUACGUGGACACACAGCUGGAGCGGCGGCGUGUGAUUGCGGUGGAGGUGGAGGACGGCCACUUCAUGGCGUUUGGGGUGGAGGACGGCAAGCGGUACGGGUGCGAGUACUACGUGCGCGAGCUGCUGCAAAGCUAUCAUGUGUUCCGGCUGCACUGCGGGUCAAUGUCGGAGUUUGCGGACCGCGGCGAGCUGACGGACCGCCUGAAUGAGCACGUCGUCGGAUACUGGCAGGCGCUGAAGCUGGUGCCGGAGGCGAUAUACGCGUCCACGCUGGCCAGUGUGUGCUGGCACGAUGGGUACAAGGUGAGCGAGCUGGAGCUGCGCGACAGGGCGUGGGAGUCAUACAUCAAGAACGAGAUCCUGCUGGAUAGUGAGUCGUUUUUGGGGCUGAAGGACAUGUGCAUUUACAAGCUGCCCCGCGACGGGCGGCGGAGCGCGGCGGAAUACGGGCUUCUGCGCAGCUUUGCUCCUGAAUUUCUGUCACUGCCGGAGCUGUCGAACUGGGUUUACCACUUGGACCGCUUGUUUGAGACCGCGCUGUCAUCGCACGUGCUGGCGGGGCAUGUCCGUCUGUCAAUUGGGGGCGACGAGCAGGAGGAAGAAGGGGAGCUGCGCCACGACAGCCAACCGGCGUCGGAUGUGGGCGCGCGGAUGUGGCGGAACGUCACCAUGCCCAUAUCGAUGACCUACGAUACGAUGAGCGAAGUGGGUAACUUGACCGGCAUCAACACGCUUAUGAGCGGACUGAACAGUCUUACUUCCGGCUUUUCGUCAAUGACUAGCAGGUUGGUCCGGCGCGCAGAUCGGCAGAAUUCAGACACCGCUUCCCUUUCUCUGCAUGUAGACCAUGGGUUCCUGAUCUCGCCGCUGGCCCUGGAAGCUCUACCAGAAAGUUACCGCUACCGCCGCUUCCAGUUGCGAUUCUCAACAGAUGAACCUCAAUGGUAUAGACUACUGUUUUGGUACUAUAAAGACUAUUUGUGCAUCUUUAUAUUUCACGAAAACUUUGACAAGAUAUGGGAUCCCGAUUACCUGCAGGCCAUUGAUGCAAAGCUUUACGAUGCCAUGUUGCAGCUGGAGGGCUCUGUCGUUACUGAGGACAAUAAACCGGGGAGGUUUGCCUACGGUGUGUUUAACAAGACGACAAAAAGGAUCGAAUGUUCUCUGCCACUUUUGCGCUUUAGCGAUAAACGUUCUGAUGAAAAGAGCAGACAGCCGCUGAAGAUGGUAGUUGCUGGGAUUGAUGAGACAUUGCAAUUUCUCACCGCCGGGACCUUUGCGACAAAUAUGGCUACUUCUCGCACAAACGACGAGCAUAUGGGCCCAUCCGCUACCAAUACUUUGAGAAUGCCAGAACCUACAGAUGCCCCAAGUAGUAGCUGGACGUUGGAUAUUACCAAACUUAAUCUUUUUCAAGGUCUCAACGAGAACCUUCGACUUGAGAAGAUGGCAGACACUGACUCUGGAACGUUCCUCGAUAGCCUGAGCUCUGAGAAAUUGUUACAGCUCAACGUCGAGUUAUGCAGAUUAUACACGGGAAUAAGGAGAUCAGAAUAUAACAAGGCCGGUAUUCAGGAAGAGCAGCUGCUGAGGUUGAAUAACGGCAUUCUCUUCUACAUAAGCACGUCGCCAACAGAGGACGUGUUGAUCCUAAAGAAUUGGUUCAUGGAUGAUAAAUAUACAAAGGCUGAAAACAAGAGAAGCACCAGUGCAUCGCUGCUGCAUAGUUUAGGUGGAGACGUCAGAAGAUGGUGGAACGCUAGAACAAAUCGAGAACAAUAG